AUGUCAGCAGCAGAAGGAAGAAAUAUCGGAAGGGAGCCUGUGAGGGUGGUGAUAGUAAGCACUCAAUACAUUGAGACUGACCCGGCCAGCUUUAAGUCCGUUGUUCAGAGCCUUACUGGAAAACAUUCUCACGACUUGCCACCGCCGCAUCCGAAACGUGCGGUACGUCGAAGAUUCGCACCACCAUCGCAAUCGAAAGUGGCUCCGGGCUGUGGGGAAGAAGGAAUAGGUGCUAGUGGAGUUGCGAUUAACGACUUGGAUGGACUAGUCGUGGAGGAGCUGCCUUCAUGGAAUGAGCUUUCUCAGUUGUGUAUCAUUUAA